AUGUCAGAUCGAGAGGAUAAACCAAACCAUUUCAGGGACACUGAAACAAGGGAGCAAAGGAAAAAGCGAUUUAUACUCGACACAGACCCUAAGACAGCUAAACUCAAUGAUGCCGAUGAUUCAACUAAGAGAUUCAAGUAUUUGUUGGGGUUAACAGAUCUUUUUAGAUACUUCAUUGACUUGAAUGCAUCCAAGGACGCACAAUUCAAGAAAAUAAUUAGGCAAAUAGAUGAUAAUGUCUCGUUUAAGCAGCCUAAAACUACGAAGAAGAAAAGAAGAAAGACAGAGAAAGAAGAAGACGCAGAAUUGUUGGAGGAUGAAGAACAUAUGAAUGACGAGGAAUCUCAACGUACAAUAAUAACGGAAUCACCUAGUUUUGUUAAAGAAGGAAAAUUGAGAGAAUAUCAAAUUCAAGGAUUGAAUUGGUUGAUAUCUCUUUAUGAGAAUAGAUUAAGUGGUAUACUAGCGGAUGAGAUGGGACUAGGAAAAACUUUACAGACUAUUGCCUUUUUAGGAUAUCUCAGAUACAUCAAGAAAAUAGAUGGCCCCUUCAUUAUUAUUGUACCAAAAUCAACACUCGAUAACUGGCGAAGAGAAUUUUCAAAGUGGACCCCAGAUGUUAAUGUAAUUGUAUUACAGGGAAAUAAAGAGGGUCGUAAUGAGAUAAUACAGGAUAAAUUAUUAAAUGCUGAAUUUGAUGUUCUAAUAACCUCAUUCGAAAUGGUUAUUCGCGAGAAAGCUCAUUUGAAGAAAUUUAGAUGGGAAUACAUUGUUGUUGAUGAAGCACAUCGUAUCAAGAAUGAAGACAGUUCAUUAUCGCAAAUUUUAAGGCUAUUUUAUUCUAAGAAUAGAUUAUUAAUUACGGGUACACCACUUCAAAAUAAUCUUCAUGAAUUAUGGGCAUUGCUAAAUUUUUUGUUGCCUGAUGUGUUUGGUGAUUCUGAUGUCUUCAAUGAAUGGUUUGAAAACCAGGGUGGUAAAACGGACGAAGACAAAGAAAAGAAUCAAGAUAAAGUUAUUCAACAAUUACAUAAAGUUUUGAGUCCCUUUUUAUUGCGUAGGAUCAAGGCAGAUGUUGAAAAAUCAUUGUUACCUAAAAUUGAAACUAAUAUUUAUAUUGGUAUGGCAGAUAUGCAAAUAAAAUGGUACAAAAAGUUAUUGGAGAAAGAUAUCGAUGCUGUUAAUGGAGUUGUGGGCAAAAGAGAGGGUAAGACCAGAUUAUUAAAUAUUGUGAUGCAAUUAAGAAAGUGCUGCAAUCAUCCUUAUUUAUUUGAUGGUGCAGAGCCUGGCCCACCAUAUACCACUGAUGAGCAUUUGGUUUUUAAUGCUGGAAAAAUGAUUAUAUUGGAUAAGAUGUUAAAGAAGUUCAAGAAAGAAGGUUCUAGGGUUUUGAUUUUUUCACAAAUGUCAAGAUUACUAGAUAUUUUAGAAGAUUACUGCUAUUUUAGGGAUUAUUCGUAUUGCAGGAUAGAUGGCUCAACUUCCCAUGAGGAUAGAAUCGAGGCAAUUGACCAGUACAACAUGCCGGACCUGGAAAAAUUUCUAUUUCUUUUAACUACAAGAGCAGGUGGUUUGGGAAUCAAUUUGACUAGCGCCGAUAUAGUUAUAUUGUAUGACUCUGAUUGGAAUCCACAGGCUGACCUACAAGCCAUGGAUAGGGCACAUAGAAUUGGUCAAAAAAAACAAGUCAAAGUCUAUAGAUUUGUCCAUGAAAAUGCGAUUGAAGAGAAAGUUCUAGAGAGAGCAGCUCAAAAAUUGAGAUUAGAUCAAUUAGUUAUUCAGCAAGGAAGACAGAUAAAUGCCAAUAAUUCUGUUGGCAGUUCGAAGGAUGAUUUAUUAGGAAUGAUUCAACAUGGAGCUAAAAAAGUCUUCGAGUCCCAACAAAGUUCUACUAUGCUAGAAGACGACAUUGAUGCAAUUUUGCAGAAAGGUGCCGAAAAAACAGCGAAUUUAAAUGCCAAGUUCAAUAAUUUGGGUUUAGAUGAUUUGCAAAAUUUUACAUCUGAUUCUUCAACAUAUGAGUGGAAUGGUCAAAAUUUCGCCAAAAAGGACAAUCUGGAAUUGGAAUUCACUUGGAUUAAUCCAUCUAAGAGAGAGAGAAAGGAGUUGACAUACUCAAUUGAUAAUUAUUAUAAGGAUGUUUUGAAAACAACUCCUCUUGCAAAUAAGAGCAAUAAUUUGCUGUCAAAAUUUAAGGCACCUAAAAUAUAUAACAUUCAAGAUCAUCAAUUUUUCCCUAAUGGCUUAAAGGAACUACUUGAAAGAGAGCAAUUAGCUUAUAAAAAACAGAUUGGUUAUAGGUUUGCUUUAAAUGAGUUUGGUGACAGUGACGAAGAAUUCUUGACUGAAGAAUUUAAGAAUGAAUUGCCUAGAGAGGAGAGAAGAAGGAUUGAGCAAGAGAAAGUGAAUAAUGUUGUACCAUUAUCAGAAGAGGAGAUCGAGUUAAAGAAUAAAUUAUUAGCUGAAAGUUUCCAUAAUUGGACUAGACGAGAUUUUACGAAUUUCAUUCAUGGAUCCGCGAAGUUUGGUAGAAAUGAUUAUUCAAGAAUCGCAAAGGCAAUGGGUAAUAAAGAUAAAGAUGAUGUAGAGCGUUAUCUGAGAAAGUUUUGGGAAUCUUAUUCUUUGAUUGAGGGUUACGAUAAAUAUGUAUCUCAGAUUGAAAGCAGCGAGAAAAAAAUUGCCAAAUUAUUAAAUCAGCAAAAGCUUUUAAGCAUCAAGAUGGAAUCGUUAAAAGACCCUUUAGAGGAAUUGAAAAUCCAAUACCCUCCUAACAAUUCCAAAAGAGUUUACUCGAAGCAUGAAGAUAGAUUUAUAUUGAGUUGUGUUCACAAAUACGGCUUAUUUAGUGAGAACUUAUUGGAGAAAAUUAAAGAAGAGAUAGCUAUGAAUGAUUCUUUCAAGUUUGAUUGGUAUAUGUUAUCUAGGACACCACAGGAAUUAGGAAGACGUGUUAAUACGUUAUUGUUGGCAAUCACGAGAGAGUUAGAAGGCCCGUCUACUAUAAAAAAGAAAAUAAAGGGCAGUUCCAACGUUAGUAGCCGUCCUGGUUCUACGGAGCCUGCGACAAUUAACGACAACAAUUCCAACAAUUUGAAUUUAGGAAUCAAGAAGAGAAAAAUAUGA